UGCCUGUCCCCAGCGCUCUGGGUCACCUCCGGGGGCCAGCGGGCCAGCCUGGAGAAGGCGGGGGUGGCUCCCCCGGACGGAGCCCCCGUGCCGCGGUUCCCGAGCCCGGCUGUGCCCUGCCGGUGCCCGGUUCCCGCUCGGCCCGUGCCGCGGUUCCCGAGCCCGGCUCUGCCCUGCCGGUGCUCGGUUCCUGCUCCGCCCCGCUCUGCCCCGCCCGUGCUCCUCGGUCCGCGCCGCUUCCGCCUGGCCCGGGCACCGGCCGAAGAGUUGGAACAACGCACAGAGCGCUGGCACAGCUGCAAGCACAGAAUGGAUGCAAAAACAUUCGGGAGAGUCCAGCGCUGAGAGGCCCCAGCCCCUGGGCACCGGAGGUUUGUGUGCGACAAGGAGCGCGACCGGGGCACCCCCAGCCCCAGGGCAGACAACCCUCUGCUGGAAGAUGCUUCUCCCACCCCUGCUCCAGGCUGUGACCUGGCCCAGCGGCUGCUGAGAUGGCACAGAGCGCUGAGCUGCGGCCCAGCUUUGAGGACGUGUUCAACAUUUUGUCCCGGGCCCCAACAGAGAAACUGCUGAGCCUCAAACUCAAACUGAAGCACCUGGUACCCGGGCCCUGCAGCAAGUUACUGCAGGCUAUGGUCCUGCUUACUCUGGGGCAAGAAACAGAUGCAAGAAUUUGUCUGGAUGCCCUGAGGGAUAACCGGGCAGCCCAGUACGUCCAGCAGAUCAAACUGGGCGCUGCAGGACUGUGGCAGGACAAGGAGGAUUUGCAGCCUCCCCAGCUGGACGCGGGGGCCGUGGCGCUGCUGGCACAGGUGUACGCAGUGCUGGCACAAGAACAGCUGUGCAGUCCUGAGGCCAGGGACAAAGCCUGCCACGCCAGCAAGGACACUCAGCGGGGGACACUCAACAACAUCCCUCCCAAGGAACACGACAAGCAGGGCUCCGCAGCCAGCGGGGGCUCAGGGGACGGGUUUGGGACGCUGAGAUCCCGUGAGGACGCAGGAUUUCCCCACACAGGCAGCUCCCACUGCAGGGUGAGGAGCUCACCAGUGGAGAUCAGAGGCAACUCAGACCUUUCAGGCCCACGGACCCUGCGCUCUGUGGGGAGCUUGUCCCUGUCCAGCUGUUUGGAGAUCAGUGCAUCACCAACAGUUGCUUUUCACACCCAGCCCUCUGUCCCCGAGCGUGUCCCCUGGCCCAGCUGUGCUGGACACCCCGACGGGGACACACAGAGCCACGGCCCACAGGAAUCCAGCUGGGCCAGCACACCAGGCUCUCCCCCUGGGCAGGACACAGCUGCCCGAGGGCCCCAGCCAGAGAAGGUUCUGCAGGUCAGUCCCUGUCACCCCAGCCCUCUCCCCGUUCCCGCGACGCCGCUGCCCUCGGAGCCUGCCCAAAGCAGUGACGUGUCCAGCACGGUGACAGAGCCUCACACGCCAAGAGAAAAGCAGGAUGAAGAGCAGCAUGAAAAGCAAUUACCUGCUGAUGUCCCCGACUCAAGGGCUGCAGUGGACACUGCUCCUGCCCUCGAGUCCAUACAGGACUCCGACAUUCCAGCAGGCAUUCCCUGUAACUCUGCACCCGCUUCUACUUCAACCUGUUCCCUUCCUCCUCCUACUUAUUCCUUCUCCUCAACUCUUCCUCCUCUUCGGGAAUCUCCCUCCAGACUAUCAUACCCCCCUCCCCUGCAUCCAUGCCCCUCUCCAGCCAGGCCUCCUGCUCCCCCAGCCACGGAUCCAUCAGCGCCAGACGGUGCCAAGUUCUUCACGUUUGUUGUCCUGCACGCCAGUGAAGAUGAGGUUGUGGCCCAGCAGGUCAAGGACCUGCUGGAGAGCAUGGGGGUGUCCAACGGUGCCACGCUCAGCGAGGAUUUCUUCAUCGCCGGGCGCAGCCACAUGAUGUGCUUCCAGGAGGCCAUAGAGAACUCGGCCUUCACGAUCCUCCUGCUGACCAAGAACUUCCCCUGCAACCUGUGCCUGUACCAGACAGACACUGCUCUGAUGCAGUCCAUCCUGGACCCCUCCAAGCAAGACUCAGUCAUCCCGUUUCUACCCAAGGCCAACGCCCUGGAGCAAGACCAGAUCCCCAGGAUGCUCAGUGCGCUCGUCACCCUGAAGGAGAGCUCUCCUCUCUUCCCCAAGAAUGUGCUCAAGACCUUUAACCCCAAGAAGAUCGAGGAGAAGAAAGCCAUGUGGGAACAGAUGCAGAGAAGGAAGCGCCAGGCGCGCUGGGAACUGCACCAAGCCCAGCAGAACUUGGCUGCCCUGAGCCUGGGCUCCCCUCCCUGGGUGCCACCAGCAGCGCCACGGCCGUGGCCACCAGGGCCACCAGCCCCAGCCUGGGGUCCCCCUGGCCCCAUGGACCCCGCUCCUGCUCAGAGGGGGCCUCCCCCUUGCCAAGCACAGCUGCCCCCAGGCCACUACAGCCUCACGCCGGGCCAGGGAGGGAUGGCACCCCUGAUCAUCCAACACGCCCGCAUGGUUCAGAUCGGGAACCACAACGUGAUGCAGGUGGAAAGUGCCCCCCCUGGGCCAGGGCACCACCAGGAGCACACCAGGCACGAGGUCUGAGCCAGGGCAGCCAGGGUCAGAGACAAAAUUCAUUUCAAAUCCUGCAUUACAGUGAUUCUGCUGGGACUGGGACUGCUCUGUGCAUCAAGAGUGCCAUUUUCCUGAAGCACAAAAGAAAAUUCUUCGAUUUUUAUUGGAAAAAAAGAUGUAGUGAUCUCUUGAAACUGUUUUUCCUGGUGCUUAUUGUCAAGUAACUGAGAAAAUUAUUUUCCUGAUUGUCUGGAACUACUUGAAGAUUUUAUAAAUAAAUUUAAAUUAAUUUAUUUGUGUUCCUCUGGUUCUUUCCUGAAGAAUAGAAAAGGGAUAGUCAGGGAUGUAUGGAAAACUAUUCUGCUUGUUGGCUGGAGGGGCUGGGAGAUGGCACUGACCAAAUGAUAUGAGGGACAAUCUGCAAGGGAUGCUUUGGGAAGCUGCCUUUAAGGAAAAAGCAGAAUGAAACACCAAAACCAGUGAGGAGAAUAGUGCAGAAGGGUGGAGAAACCCAGGACGGGAGAGUGGGAGGGGUAAUUGUGCAGGAUCUGAGCAAGGGAUCUACCAGGGUGGUACCUACUGAGCUUCAACACCAGGAGGGCACCUGGAGCAAAGCCCUCGCUGCUCCUCCCACGCUCCAGGCACAGCCAUUUUCCUCAUCGUCAGCAGAGGUCACCCCAAAGCCACCGAGAGGCUGGAAACGGGGCUGUUCCCUCCCGGAGCAGAGCCCAGGGCCAGCUCAGCCUGUGCCAGGAGCGGGGCAGGGCUCCAGGCUCCUCAGGAGCCACUCCCUGCUAACGUGGAUGUCCCUGUGAGCAGCACAGGGAAGUGACCCCAUUGCAGGUAUCCCCGCAGGUCUGAGUGUGCUCCUGGCACUCCGUGGCUUCCCCUGCAGGUUCCAGGAGGAUCCAAGCCCGCCCCUGCCCGAGCUGGGCCCUGUCAGGCCUCAUUCCAGACUGCAGCCUUGGUCCAAGAGCCCCCUGAGCCCCAGGCCAAGCCCUGAGUGAGCCAGAUGUUAUUAAAUCCUUGGAGGGGGCCCUGAGCUGCCCCCUCUUGGCAUCCAGCUGUCAAAGACUGGAUUUUAACUCCGCAGGACCCAGUGACAAUGGAUUAACUCAUCCACUCCUUCCAGAGCCUGCUGGCAUCCUCCAAGUGCUGGAAUUCCUUUUAUUUUCCUGCUUUCUCUGCUCCACAGCACCAUUGGGAUGUGUUGUGUUACUGCAGCUCCCGUGCCCUGCCCUUGGUGCAGGACAGUCCCUCCCCCUGGGAGCACUCCCCCAUCCCUCCUUGCCCAGCUCCUCUCCUACUAUAAAUAAUCCUGCAAAAUUAGUCAAGGCAAGCUGCUCCAGCUUGUAAACAACCUCACACAGCCACAUCCAGCGUGCUUGGAUCUCCCACAGGAGGGAGAGCUGUGGCUGGGGUGCAGGAGGCUCUGCAGCCACCACAGGGGAGAAAAAGCUCCUCUGCAUCCAAGAAUGAACAGAAUGAUCCCUGAAACACUGCCCUGCUCCUCACAGCUCCGUGUUUUGCCCACAUGGAGCUGGCCCUACAGUCAAUCAGGCCUGCUCAGUGUAAUUACCCCUAAAUCACGCAGCGAUUUCUUCCACCCUGUAAUUACUAUCAACAUUUAAUUGCUGGGCCCUCUAUGUAAUUACGGAUUAUUUGUGUGUUUAAAAAAAGCGAAGCCUUUUCCAUCACACGGAAUAUUCUCCUCCUUGGGGCUGCUGCACCUGACUGGAUCCCCCAGCUCCCCGCCACAAGAGCCCAGCCCCAGAGCUGCUCCUGCCUGGAUUAACCCCUUCCCUCCCACCUCUCUCCCCACACCUGGAGCUCACCUGCAGCACAGCAGCAAGGUCUGGCUGGGAGAAGCACCCCAGGCUCUACAGACACUGCUGAAAUGGCAUUUUUAGCACAAAGGCACCAUCCUUCAUCAAGGCACCAAGAACUAAGGAUGGAGCUAGAAGGACGGAACAAACAUUCAAAUAUUUUAUCCACCCACCCUCCCUGGGGAAGACCAAGCAGUUUUGGGAUCCAGGGGCCUGUGUGGAAGUAACUCCAGUACCAUUAAUUCCUUUGUUUUUCCAAUCCCUGAUGGAUUUGGGGUUGGAAACCAAACUGAUGACAGCGUCCCUCCUUCUGCUUGCUGUGUCCACUGUCCCACAUGUGUAAGGCAGGUAACACCCGAGUCAACACAGAUCCUCUCACGCUGUUUGAUUUGCAUCAAAACGUAAGGCAAAACAGAAGAAGAGGUGGCAUUUCAGUGUCACUGUUACUCUUCUCCAGGGGAAGUUUUGCCAGUGCAGCACGGAUUGGUUUUUCACAGGAGCAACCAUGACACGAACCAAUCACACCUGUUUAAUUGCAAACACCCCAGAACUCCACACCCACAGCGCCCCAUCCCUGGGAAACAAACUAGAGGUUUGUUAGAGGUUUAUCAGGAAGAAGUCCAAGGCACUUGCAUUCUAGCAGCCAUUUUUUGUUUUAUUAUUUAAAGUUAAGAGCGCUCAUCAGCUCACAAAGGAACAAAUCCCAUUCCUGCAGUUUAGUUCAGGUUUCAGCCAAAAGGAAAAAAAAAAAAUAGAAGGCAGCUAAACUAACUCUGCACUUUACAGCUCAAUUCAAGUUAAACCUCCUCGCUUUAUAAAUAAAUGUUAUAGUUAACACUGCAAAAUGUACUGGCAGAUCUACAAUAUCUGGAAGGGGCAGAGAGCGUGGUUAUUGAGGCUGAUAAAUACAAGUAGAGAAGCUUCAGUAGCACAGAGAGCGAGGCUGGGGCCAGGGGUCUGCUCUCCCAGGUGGACCUUUCCCAGAGCUCCAGGCAGCUGCUUCCCCCCUCAGCUGUGCUUCCCACCCUGCUCAGGCCAGGGAAGGAGCCACAGGCUGCCCAUCACCGCCUGCACAAGGACAAACUGCUGGAAACUCUUUUGUUUUCCACCGCGGAGGGGGUCUGCUCAUGGAGGCAAAAAACCUGCCCUGAGACUACAGAGUUAAAAACAAGGUGUGUGCAGAUCCUCAUCAAAGGAAGGAGCUUGCCCAAACAGCAGCCAGGUGAGAUUUCAAAUUCCACCUUGGAAGUAGCACCAUCCUCAGUGAAGUUACAAAAAACCAAAAAAAAUUAAAAAAAAAAAA